GAGAGAAAGCCCAGCCUCCACACAAAAUCUCUGAAGGACAGAGGCGGCGGACGGUUCCCCAUAGAAACGACUGGAGCAUGCUGCAGGUGGCGUCACCAAAUACGCUUUUGGUAAGCCCUAGAGCCUAAAAUGGUUGGUGCCUAGAGCGGCAAGUAGCGCCGCGUGAGAGAUAAGUUUGCGUGCCACGGUAUUUAAACUGCCUGCCCCCUCUCCCUCUUUGACUUCUUCUCUCCUCCCUCUCAACCACACCACUAAAAACACCUUUCUCCCCCAUCUACUACGAAACUCUUCUACUCAAAACUUCCAUUUAGCAAAAACAUCUUCCAUAAAAACAAUCAGCCAUGCAGAUCUUCGUCAAAACUCUCACUGGAAAAACCAUUACCCUUGAGGUGGAAUCGUCGGACACUAUCGACAACGUCAAGUCUAAGAUUCAGGACAAGGAGGGAAUUCCUCCAGAUCAGCAACGUUUGAUCUUUGCUGGAAAGCAGCUUGAGGACGGACGCACCCUCUCAGAUUACAACAUCCAAAAGGAGUCUACCCUUCAUCUUGUUCUCCGUCUUCGUGGCGGUAUGCAAAUCUUUGUAAAGACUCUAACUGGCAAGACAAUCACCCUCGAGGUGGAGUCUUCUGAUACUAUUGACAAUGUCAAGUCAAAGAUCCAGGAUAAGGAGGGCAUCCCCCCAGACCAGCAGCGCUUGAUUUUCGCCGGCAAGCAACUUGAGGAUGGUCGUACCCUUUCCGAUUAUAACAUUCAGAAAGAGUCCACCCUUCACUUGGUUCUUCGUCUUCGUGGCGGAAUGCAAAUCUUUGUCAAGACCUUAACCGGCAAGACAAUCACCCUCGAGGUCGAGUCCUCGGACACCAUUGACAACGUCAAGUCGAAAAUCCAAGAUAAGGAGGGUAUUCCUCCAGACCAGCAACGAUUGAUCUUCGCUGGAAAGCAGCUUGAGGAUGGCCGUACCCUCUCUGAUUACAACAUUCAGAAGGAGUCUACCCUUCAUCUCGUCCUUCGACUUCGUGGUGGAAUGCAAAUUUUCGUUAAAACUUUGACCGGAAAGACUAUCACCCUCGAGGUGGAGUCUUCUGACACAAUCGACAAUGUCAAGUCGAAGAUUCAGGAUAAGGAGGGUAUUCCUCCAGACCAGCAGCGCUUGAUCUUUGCUGGUAAGCAGUUGGAGGAUGGUCGUACUCUUUCCGAUUAUAACAUUCAGAAAGAGUCCACCCUUCACUUGGUUCUUCGUCUUCGUGGCGGGUCUUUGUAAGGUUUAGAAAUGUGUUACGACUGAACGGAUCAUGUGAUUGUUGUGGCUUGUAAAAUGAUUGGAUGGUUUCCUAUUUUGAUUUUUGUUUCUUCUACUGGGUUCUGGGUGUUUGGGUCGAGUACCCUGGCUUGUAUCAGAUUGGUGUUUACCAAA